AUGGCCAGCGACAAGCCUGCAGAUUUCGCAAAGGCGACUGAAACGGUGAUAGACGAGCCCUCGGCGCUGCUCACGGAGGAGGGAGAGCUGUCGGACAAGCUUUACGACAUCCUCCACGAGGUCUUUCUGCAGUUCGCCAAGCUGCCCGAGACGGAGUCAGCGGCAAAGCUGAAGGACGAGAAGGAGAAGGUCAAGCUCGCAACGCUCGGGAGGGAGGAGAUCAACGCCUUUUCUCGAGCGACGAACGGAAAAGACCUGCCGGACGAGCAAUGGACCGAGAUUGUCGAGUACUUGGACGUGAACGACGCGGGCGAGCUCACCUUCAAGGGCUUCACCGAGCUCUACUCGUUGCAGACAGAAAACGACGAGGCAGAGACAGUCAAGGAUCUCAAGGCGUGGGGCUACGACCCGCAGACGCUCGAGCGGGUGAAGAAGGAGGGAAAGGCGCAGGAGGAGGCGAAGAAGGCGGAGGAGUCGGACAAGGAGGACGACAAGGACGGAGAGUCGGCGUAG